UGACCACAUAAUCAGCUGACCUAAUUGAUUCACGCUUGACCGCGGCAUCUACGGUCAGUCAGAUUCGGUCGCAACCACGACUGACACGUUCUCUGAGGCGUCUUUAAGUCCGAUCACACGCACGUAGUUUCUAGUGUUUCCGUAUUGUAGAGGUUAAGGGAAGUGAAUCGUAUUGUAGGACGGGACGGGACGCAUUGUAGAGAGUCUCACUCAGAAUGUCAGGCGUCGCUUGAUCAGGUAAUACUGAAACGAUUUUAGGAAGCCGCGAUGGGAACUGCAUGCAGACCUUCGCGCUUAGCUAAAAGCCGGAGCGGUUUUAGUAGCUCCGGAAUGAGAAGCCAAACAUGCUUCCACGACGCUUCCAGUUACGCUGCAGCAGGUAGUUUCGCAGAAAGACCGGUCGGGAGCCUGAUUGGCCGGACAAACCCCUCUCCAUCUCCAUCGAUUCAGGCUUCUACUCGCUCCCCUUCUCGUCAUUCCCGAGGGAUCCUUGCUCCAGGUGGCUCUCAUACGCCUCUGAUGGCUUUAAACCUUCUUACUCUGGUCAUUCUCAGCAGCAUUGCUGGUUCUUCCGCAGCAUCCGCGUUAAGAGCGGACUCUUCAGCAGCGUUGGUGUCAAAGGAGAACGGAAAUUGGCCGAUGACGUCACGAGUGCUCUCGCUGUCGGGUUCUGGUUUUUGGGAGGGUUCUGUACGGCGGAGAUUGGCGGAUGACGUGGCAUCAACGGCCAACGGAUUUCUGAGUCCCGAGGCGGUGAGUCAGCUGGUAGGGCGGCUGAGGGUGCUGCGGGUGCGACUGGGGGAGGUGGUAUCCAAGGCCAACGCGACCAUGGUGCUGCUGCCUCCGGGUUUGGAGGAGGAGAACGGCGCGGAGGAGAACGGGGAGGGGCUGGAGAGCGUGAAGGUGGUGGACGUGGUGGAUGACGAUGCUACGCCGCUGAAGCUCGACUGGGGUCGUGCUGUGAGAAAGGAGCAGAGGGAGCAGGAGGACAAGGCAAAGCAGUCGCAGGGAAGGUGCCCCUCUGACGGACAGGGGGGAGGGGAGACGGGGAGCGCAGAAGGUGCUGACGUGGCAGCGGCUCAUAGGCUGGCGGGACAUGCGGACUGGAGGGGCGGGUUCGCUAAGGGCAGUAUGGAAUGGGCGCCGGAAAAGGAUCGAUACAUCCUCAUGGACUGCCAUCGGGGGAAGUCCAGCACGCGGGUGCGCUGCUUCCGCAACUACAUGCUCCUGGCUGGCCUGGCCAACCGCACGCUGCUGGUGCCAAUGAACACCACAGAGGUGGCUUCCGGCUACGACCGGCGCAUCGUGUUCGACUUGAAUCACACGAGAAGGUGCUACGGCCCCCUGUCUGUGCUUUCCACCCAAGAGUUUGUAGAUCUGAGCAAGCAGCAAGGGGAGGGGGGUGGAGUGAAGGAGGGGAAAGUAGUGAUAGAUCAGGUGCUAUGCCUACGCGCUGCCUGCUACAACCAGAAAGGUCACGGGGACCCGGGCACUCUAGUCGAUCUGCCCGAUGCUGCCCUGGCUGAAAAUAUCACCUGGAGCACUGCCCCGUCCACGUCGAUCACAGAGCAGAAGUUUCGCCUGCCCGAAGCAGCUGAAAUCGUCAGGGAAAUCCUUCCUUCUGCCCAGGUUGUGGUUCUCGGGGAGCUUGAAGUUUUCUCCUUUGACCGGUCGCUCGAGCUCGAGGGCGACAUUCCUUUUUUCCGCCGCCCGGGCUGCCCGAACUCUCUCGCCAUCCACCCCCAUCCAGCCGUCCUUUUAUCCGCCGAGCGCCUGAUCCAAUCCAAAAUGUGGACUCAAAUCGCGCUAAACGUCACUUUUAGCCACACGCCCGCGAAUUUCACGAUCAACAACACCGGCGCGGACGGCGGGAGCAGGGGGGUGGGGUGGCAGAAGGAUAGUGAGGUGGCGGAAAUCCAGGAUAAGAGAUUUGUGGCUGUGCAUUGGAGGAGGGGGGAGGUGGGCGUGGGGUGUAAAGAACCUGGAGUGAUGUGCCACGUGCGGGCGGCGCAGGCAGCAGGGUGCAUUGCACGGAGGAUGGAGAAGGCUGGAGGCAUCAAGACUGUGUUCUUAGUGUCGGAUGCAAGUCCCAAGGAGCUAACCGAGAUCCGUCACGCUUUAUUUCAGCACAUUCAGGACCUUCGGCUUGUUAUGCUGCCCCCGAACCUUCGCGGGCAGAAGUGGGCUGCCCGGCUGCAAAGUUUUGACUUCCAACACCAGGGGCUUAUUGUGUCCACUAUAGACAAGUGCGUGGCUGCGCUGGCUGAUAUUUUCCUGGGGACCGCUGGAUCGAGUUUCACUCUUGACAUCCAACGGCUGAGAUCGGGCCUGAGGACAGCCACUUGUGAAGAUGCUUUUGUGUGUGAGGGGCAAGGGCAUGGUUCGACUCACGAGGCAGCUGCAUGAUUCAAGUGGUGCUACACUUGAUUCUGGUGGCCCUGCCCUUGACUGACGUGGUGCUGGUAUAUUUCAUAUGGUCUGUGAGUGGUCUGUGAGUGGUCUGUGAGGGGAGUGUAUUUUUUAGGCGCCUCAAGAGCAGUGAUGUUGCAGCGAAGGCAGUGCGACGCCUUGCUCCUCCCUCUGAGCGUCAAACACGCCAUCCAAAAGCAGUGGAGUCAUUCUUUAGGAUUCUAAGUAAUGUCCAUUGCCAGCCAUGUAACCAGAAAGCCUGUUAGCGAAUUGGAGGCCACAACACAAAAACUCGUUA